UCUAGAAAUAGACUAAAACAAUGCUGUAACGGUUGGGUUGAGGUUAAGCCUGAUGAAGCUAUUACAAUAGAAUCGUUUCAAGUAACUGCACCAUUUUUAAGAACCAUUAAUCGAUUACAAAGAUAUAUUAGGAGAUCCCAUGUAGCUACUCUUCUUGUUACAAAUGCUAAAAUAGAAUUUUUUAAUGCUCAAGGAGAUCAAGUUGAGGUUAACUUUGCUCCUGAUCUUGCUGAAGGUUCUUCUGAAGGAUUUCUGAUACCUCUUUUCCAUGAAGAUCUCCAACAGAUAGGAUACCCAGCUAUGAAACUUGAAAAAAUUGAAGGAGAGGACUGGGGGCAGCAGAUGGAUUACCUUUGUAUAAGGAUUCAACUCUGCCAUCUGAACUGGGUUAUGCUACUUCAACACUACUAUCUUUUUGGGGAAAGAUUAGCUAUGUAUAAUUGGAAUGCUUAUGCUAAGCAUGAAAUAAUGGAUCGAUUUGAGGUCAAUAAAUUUAAAGGCACUUGGAGAAUCACUUGUUGGGAAGGUUUUACUUCUUUAUUAGAAGAGGCUCAGAGAAGUCGUGAAGAAGAG